AUGAGAUUUUGCUUCCUCCGUCAUCCAACCUCAUUCAAGAAUAGCUAUGCUACAUCUGACUUUGGUACCGCACUAACAAGUAGCGUCCUUCUCGCAUACAAGAAGGCUGCUGGCCCCCCAGAUUCUGCGAAUCUCUCCUUCUCCUCUUCUCAUCUUUUUAUCAUGUCUUCUUGCCUUGGUAUGAAGCUCAUCCGAGUUGCUCCUGGUUUAGCCACCCAGGCAUCUCAAUUUAUUUCUUCAAACAGAGCUCUUCGCCCAGAGCCAAUCCGGACUCGCUCGACGAGAUCUCGGAUACCUGUUCUCUCACAAAGGAACAAAUCUUCAUCGACUGUCGCCCUCCCAGCGACGUCGCCCACUCUUUCUCGGAAACCAAUUUCGGUUCCAGCCUCUGCUUCUCGCAAGACAGAGGACUCAAUCUUGAAACAUGUUGAGCGUCUUCGAAAGGUUCAGGCCGCCAAGUCCACCUACAAGACCUCAACAUUCAAGACAGCGUCGAAGGUUGCCCAACCAAGACCUGUCUCUCGACCAGCUUCUCGUGUUCCUUCUUCCACUCAUUCAACUGUGUCAUCAUCAUCGUCGGUCGCCCGGACUGACUCUUCUAUCGAUGCACACAUCCAAAGGAUCACCAAAGCAAGAGAGAGUCGCCCAAACUCUUCUCGGUCAUCACCUGCGACAUCACGGAGAGUGACACCCACUCAGCCUCUUCUUAUCACAAAGAAGAUGGUUUCGGCGAACGUCGACCUCACCACGGUUGACUCCAAACUCGCUGAACUCUCUGUCGCACCUUCACCAGCCCAGGCCAGAAAGCCCUCGGUGCCUGGAAAGCCUUCUUGCCUGAAGAAAGCUACAGCUGGGAAGUCAACAAAGUCUGUUCACUUUGUUGAAUAUGGCGGAUGGCUCAACCAUUACAUUCGGGUCUUUAUCUCGGACUCAGCUCCGAAUUCAUUCAUUCCUGACCCUCGAAGCCUUGAUUACACAUCGCUUCGGCCACCGCCAAAAACGGAGGAUAGUUGUACCAAUUACAAACUCCAGUCAUCAUCCUUAGAGAUAUGCUGGCCUCCGGAACAUAGGGAACCCUCUUUCAUCGGGUAUCCUGGUGCACCCCCAUCAUCCUGCCUCGCUUGUCGAGACGCAGCAUCCAAGGGAACACCACACACUCGUUCGCAUGCCAACAUGCAAUCACUCUUUUGCAAGGACUGCAUGGAUACGCCAGCCCGGCGGCCAUUCUUCACUCCAGCAAUUGAAAUCGGAGACGACGAUGACGGGUGCUCCAACUGCCAAGGACCCCACCAUCGCUCUCCAGAAACCUGCCAGAUCUUCACUUCGGCCUACAAGUCGAAUGUGAACUGGCUCUACAGUCAUUACCCAGAACGAUGGCCCGAACUUGACGCAAUCCUGGAGUCUUAG